UACGACCCUGACGCUAACGACACACACGAAAUGAAUGAUAAUCUGUGCAACAAAAAGUAAAAUGACACAGAAGAAACAGUGAAGUUUGGAGUCAACAGCGUCAACAGUCAACUUACACUUUGAUAAACCGUAGCAUUCCACUUUUUUUUGUAUCAUCAUCAAAUCCUCAAUGUUUUUUUCGUUGUUCCCCGUUGUUUUUAUUUACAAAAGGCAAUAAUAGGUUACCGCGUGCUUGAGCUGAAAAUUUUUACAAUUUUAUUUUGCGAGGAAACGAAUCAAACCAAAAUGAACAUUGAAGAGGUACGUCCCCACAUGGAUGAGUUAAACAAAUCUAUGGCCAAUGUCGAAAAAAUGCUUGCACGAAAUGUGGACACUUUUGCAAGCAUAACGGAGGAGUUUGUAGCUGACAUCCAAAUUGUUUUACGUGACAUGAUUCUGCCGGGCCACAAAUACGUUAUAAGUUUUCGAUGUGAUGCUUUAGCUAAGAUAAUUUCGACAGGAGUUGAUGAAUUGGACUGGACAUCCUACGAAUCAAGCAUCGGAAUCGUUUUACUUCGAUGGUUUUACACGAAUGAGGUCGUGUCGGACAAUGAUUCAGUAACACUGGGUGUGUUGCGUGCCGCACAUAAUUUGGCGUUGCCUACCCUUUUUGCGGCCUGCGAAAGCAAACUUUUAACUGCAAUCAAUGAAGACUGUUCGAGGGAAUUCUAUAAAAUUGCAAGAGAAGUAAAUGCCAAAAUGCUCAUGGACAAAUGUACGGAAUGGAGAUCAACAUUUGAUGAUGAUUCAAGCGGAGAGCAAGAUAUUCAAAUUGAUAAAGAAGAUGACUUAAAAACGCCGUCUUUAAUUGACGUGGAUUUGGAGAAGUUUGAGUCGCCCCGAUUAAAGCCUUUGCGUGACGAGCUGAUGGAUUUGCUCCGACGCAAGCGAAAGAUAGAUGAAGAUUGCAGCAAACUGGGUAAAUCAUUGGUCGGCAUCAAGGAAUACAUGGAUUUCUUCGACACGACCAUAUGGACCUGGCCAGCACACAAUUACAUUUUGAUCAGUCGAAGUGAAAAAUUGCAGGCCCUUGCAUCGAACUUUUGGUCCGGACUCAAAAAAAGGGACGAGCUCGUCCUGGUGCGAUGGAUUUACACGAACCACGUUCAUAUCGACAGCAUCGACAUUGCAUUGACACUGUUGGAGGCGUCAUAUAAAUACGAUUUGCAUACGUUGUUUGGCAUUUGUGAGGAAGCAGUGAUUCGGAUGAUCAGCAUUGGUACAUGUGCUCAGGUUCAUUACAUUGCCGUCAAAGUGAGUGCUAAGAGGGCGUUGAUAGUGUGUGAGCGGAUAACUGCUCAGUAUUUGGAUUGCAUUAAGUCGGAAUUGAAUGAAGCUGCCGUUGGUGCCAAUAAAUCAAAAGACCCAGAAGGAACGAUUUGUGAAUUCCCACCGCAGAAAGCUGACUCCGAAGCUGGAAUAUUACUGUCACUAAACGAUGACUGUCUACUUCACUUGUUACGUUUCAUCCCAUUGGUCGAUUUAGGCAGUGUCAAAGACACUUGCAGACGGUUGAGUGAACUAGCAGACCGUAGCUUUCAGUUGUACGGAGACAAAACGUUGACAAUACGGCGUGGUAGCAUGGUAGCCGACCUAUGGACACUGAAGCAUUUCGGAAAACUCAUCAACUCGUUGGUCCUGGAAAGUUUAUAUCAGCCAUACUGUUCGUGCGCGGAUCUAUUAGCGAUGAUCGGUCUAUUUGCCAAUGAACGAUUGAAAUCAAUUUCAUUAUGUCUCAAUUACGAUAAGAGUGUUACCAUGGACGACGUUAAGUGCCUUGAAAAAAUUGUGAAAAAUGUGAACGUAAUCGUACUGGAUUCGUUCCAUGACCAGGGUCAGAUAGAGUUGCUACUGGAUCAUUGUGAAAAUUUGUCGGAAGUUCAUAUCAACAGUGAAGAGCUGGAACUGCGUAAGAGUAUGUCGUGGUGGUGCAAAAACGCGAACAUACGGUCUGUGACCUUGAAGGAUUUGGAAAACGAUGACGUAUUGGAGGAAAUGUGUGAGACAUUGGUGCAUUUGAAGUCAUUUUCGUUCAACAUCUCCGUUACAACCGACAAACUGAACCAUUUGUGCCGAUUGGAUCAUCUAAAACAACUUAAAAUCGAAUAUUUCGAUAAUGAAGCAGACGCUAACAUCUCGUCACUUCUGCAAAAUCUUGCUGAGAAGAACCAACUGGAGCAUUUAAGCAUCAUGUCCCCAUUUGUGUUCGAAGCAAUGGCUCGUGCGAUAUGCAAUUUUUCACGGCUGAAAGAGUUACAAUUCGAGUGCGUAUCUUCGUUCGAUCAGAAUACAAUCAACAUUCUGUCGGAACAACUGGACAACGUCGAAAAGCUCACUUUCCUCGACUGUGAUGAGAUAACAUUCGAAGACAUCACAAAAAUCAUAAUUGAUAAAUUGAAUCUGAAACAACUCACAGUAUCCGGAUGCGAACAUGUCGACGUAGUUGGGAGGGUCAACUAUCUGCGCCUACGCAAGCAGCGAAAUCUUCAGAUUUUCUUGGAUGCCGAAAUUUUCGAGAAAACGAUAAAAUUGCUGGCGAAUGAUUUGUCUGAUUAUGUUAAGAUUACAGCCGUAGCUACAGAUUAGUGUCGAUGUUAAAAUGUUCACAUUUUUGUUUUCUAUUUCACGAAUUAAAAUACGGAAAAAAAU